CUUGCGAUAAAAAAUGGCGGCAUCAACAAACCGAUACGAACAAGUUUUGAUCUCAUGUGCUUUCAUGUUUAUUUAGUACUUUGUGAUUAAGGAAAUUUUGGAUUUUUGGAUAAAGAUUGAGAAAUUGGAUGGGUAAAAGAAGAUGUCACCAAAUCACAUCCUAGGUGAGGAAUUCAGAGUCAUUUAAAAAUUCAAUUCAAGGCUUCCUUCAAAAUGAAUUCUAAGCAGAAGGAAAGUGCACAGAGAUCUGGAGUUUUGGUAGACUUAAAAACAAAACCCAGUGGAAAAAACUCAUCAGUGAAUCCAAAUGGACAUUAUUCUACACCAGUGUCUCUCCAGAAUCCCUUACAAAGCCAGACAAUGGCUGACUAUUCCAGGAUGCUCCCCAACAUGUUCUUACAGACGAUCAAUUUUGACGCAGCUUUCCAACAACUGGGUUUGAGAGGGAAUGGUUCAGGAGUCGUGAAUGAUGACCAAGAAGAUGAUGGAGAAGAUUCUGAGGUUAAUCCUUUGGAGAGACAACAGGUGAUGGAACAAGCCCUUCUGUUACAGCGAUUCAAGGAGCUCAGGCAAUGGCAAAUGCAGCAACAGGAGUCCCUGAUGAACCAACAGAAACAGCAGUUAGAACUAUUACGCAAAGAACAGAUGGUAGUGAAGUCUGUGAUAAGUAAAAACAAGGACUCUAAGAAAGGGGGAAUGGCAUUGAGUGAUGAGGCACUUACAAGGACUCCACCACAUUCCCAGAGAUUCACAAGACCCAGGGAAGUGGAACACAAUCCUAGAGCAGCAGACAUGUACAAUUCCAGAACAGUACCACAGCAGGAACAAACAUCAAGUAGUGGGCAGCUCCCAGUUCCUGUGAUGUAUGUUCCAUUUAAUGAUGAUAAUGAUGAAAUAAACACUAACCCUGAUUUGUUCAGUGACACAAAUUCUCGCACAAGUGAAAUGACGGAAGAAAGACUUUACAUGGAAGAAAUGAUUCAGAGGAGAGUGGAGUCACCAGAAGUUGAUGAUGAAGAUGAUCACAAUGAUGAUGAUGAUGAUGACGAUGAUGCAGAGGAGGUGGAUGAUGACGACAAUGAUGAUGAAUUAGAUGAAGAUCAGAUAGAUAAUCCAUCUGAUUCUGAUUUAGAGGAGGGCGAUUUUGAGGAGCAGGAUGAAACUGAAAGGGAGAUAACUGACCCGGAUGAGAGACCUAUUCUAGUCACCAAAACGUUUGAGGAGCUGUUGGAGGAACAAUUAAGAGCUGAAAGUGAGAAGAGAAAUUCAGAAAAUCAGAGAAGUUUGGACAGUCCAAAACACCAGUUCUUAAAGAAAGGAGAGGGUACUGCAAGAUACGGGUCUGCAAAAGAAAGGAAAGGCAAUAUCAGACCUCCUCCUAGACCCCAACCUGAAAAGAAUCUGGUUUUGAAAUCAAAUAAUAGUAAGCAGCCAGAAAAGGUUGCAACUAAGAAUGCAUCACUUCAAACAAAUACAAAAUCAUCAAAGACAAACUUACAAAAACAAAAUGAAAAGAAAAAAGGUGAAAAGACACUAAAAGGUGCCCAACCCAUAGUGACCAAACCAACAGCAUCUAAAAACACAAGUGAUGCCUCGAAAAAUAUUAAAUCUUCUUACUCCCAUAGUCAAAUGUCUAAUAAGAACAGCCUGGAAAACAACAUGAAACAAGGGGGAAAUGCUGCCAAGAAGAAAAAUGUUCAGAGAAGAGAUUCCUUUCCAGAUGAUGAAUCCUUUGUGGGUAAACUCAGAGAAAGAGAGAUCAAGGAAGAGUUUGAGAAAGGGGACCUUGAAGAAUUUGAACUUCUGGAAAAUUUAGCUGACAACAUGUCUUACUGUAGUAACACAUCUGUAAUGGUUCACAGAAUGGAAGAGAAGAUUAAGGAGACAAAGAAAAGGCAGAUGACAUUGUCAUUAAAACCUCUCAAACAAACUGUAAAACCAAAACUACAGAAAAAUGAGCAAACAGAGAAGACAAAAACGGAAUCAAUUCCGACAGCUUCAACCACAGCAGCAAGAUCAGAAUCUCCUGUGUUAGCUAACAAAGAACAACCUAAGACAACCAUGGAAAAACCAGAGAGUGAAGCUGUAGGUAGUGAUGAAGAAACAGAAUCUGAUGAAUCCGAGACAAGUGACUCUGAUACAGAAACGAGUGAACAAGAAGAAGAAAGUUACCUUGAUCAAGAAAAUGUCAAGGACACCGAGGAAGAGGACAACAAUCAGAAUGCUGAAGAAGAGAGGAUCGUAUCUCCAUCAAAGUUAAUGAAGAGGAAGAUAGCGCAGAAAGAUAAAUCAAGCCCUGUUCCUCAGCUCACAAGAGAAAGAAACAUUCUCCAUUUGUUUAAGAGUUCAGGUGUUGAGAAAACCAUUGAAAUUAAAACUGACCAUAUAAACAAUAGUGAUGAACUAAGUGAAACUGAUGACAGUGAAAAAGACUUUCAAAUGCAUAGUAAACUGCUUACUAGAAGUAAUGAAGAUAGCGACAGUGAGGGAAGCUUGGUGUCUUAUUCAGACUUAAACAUUAAGAAAAACAAGGAGGAGACUAUGGACAAAGCAACAGUUAAGAAAACAAAUGUUCUUGAGUAUGACGAUGAGGAGGAGUGGGGAGAAACAACACUGACGUCCCACUCACCCCAGGCCUCUAGUCAGAAAACCAAAACGGAUGAGAGUGACACCCCACCAACCUCAAAACUGAUGACAAAACUUUUCCCAAAAUUAAAAAAGGAAGAACCAAAGGAGACAAAGAACCAGGCCAAUUUUCAAGUAAAUAAUGUUUUGCCAUCAGAAGGUGUUCAGUCAAAGUUGUUACGGGAGAAACUGGCCGAGUUAGAUAAAGAGAUAGAGAGGUUUAGGAAUGAAAAUGUGAAUCUUCAGAAGCUAAGGAAAGAAAGAGAGGAAGGUUUAUCUAAGCUGAAGAAGGAAGUUUCUGAUUUUGAAAAAGAGAAAUCUGAGGAGUUGAAAAGAAUCCAAGAAUAUAAAACAGAAGAGAUGAAGAAACUGAGACAUGAGAAGAAGGUGUUUGAACAGUUACAAAAAGCUAAAAGAAAUAACCCAGACAAGAAAGAGAGAGAGGAAAUAGAGAUGUUAAAAACUCAGCUGAGGGAACUCCAGGAAGAAAUGAAAAGAAAGGAGUUGAGGUGGGCGUCUAAUGAUGCUAGGACAAAGGAAAAACUUAAACAGAUGGAGCAGGAAAAUUUACAACUGAAGGAAGAAAUCAAAGCAAUGGAAAGGAAACGUCUGGAGUGGCUGCAGAAGGAAAAGAAUUCACAACAAGAAAAGAAUACACAAGGAAAAGGUGCUGUGUCUAAAUCUUCUGCGAGGCAGGGUAUUUCAUCAUCGGCUGAUUUUCAAAUGACAGACUCUGAUGAAGAGAAAGAUCCAGUUAGAGAUAUUCCCAUCAACAGACCAGCUAGUUCUAUGUCUUCUCAAUUCUCACACACGACAGAUUCAAGCAGGCCACAAUUUGAUGAAAGAUUAGCUGCCUCAAGGCAAAGACCUGUGACAGGUUCUGGGAAUUUCUACAUAGCACAGCCAGAAAACACACAAAAUCCCCAAAGUAGACUGAGUGAAAACUCCCAAACCCUGAAGGAGGAUGUACCACGAGGUGAUCCUAUCGUCUCUGCAGUUCCUCAGGACACAAGUAUGUAUACGGAAGGUGGCAUGGAUGGUUCAUACCUGGAAUGUGUUCCCAGAAAGACAGCCCAGAAAUAUUCCAUUGAUCGCUCCGUCAUUGACAAGGGGGACAAAAGGUUCCGAGAAAUUCAACAUCCUGACGGAAAAGUCGAAAAAACUUACAGCACAGGAGUUCGUGAAAUCCUGUUUCCAAAUGGAACAAGAAAAGAAAUUUCUGCAGAUGGAAAAUCUGUGGUUGUGUCUUUCUGUAAUGGGGAUGUGAAACAGAUUACUGCAGAUCAGAGAGUUAUAUAUUAUUAUGCUGAAGUUCAAACAACCCACAGCACCUAUCCAGAUGGACUUGAAAUCAUUCAGUUUCCAAACAACCAAGUGGAGAAACACUAUCCAGAAGGCACAAAAGAAAUCAUAUUCCCGGAUCAGACAAUUAAAUACCUGUUCUUGAAUGGAUCUGAAGAGAGCAUCUUUCCGGAUGGAACAGUGAUCCGUGUGGACCGAGAUGGGACCAAGACUAUGGAGUUUCCGAAUGGACAGAAGGAGAUUCACACUCAGGAAUACAAGAGGAGAGAAUAUCCAGACGGGACUGUGAAGACAGUGUAUCCAGAUGGACGACAGGAAACCAAGUAUUCUAAUGGGAGGAUCCGAGUGAAAGAUCGAGAUGGCAAUGUUAUUGUAGAUAGAAGAUCAUAGUGUAUUGUACUAAAAAUAUUUGUAAUUUUUUUUUCUUUACUAGAUAUUUCUGUUUUAUAUUUAUACAUUAUGUACAGCUUAGUUUAUAUUUGAUUUAAAAUACAUGUAUCUCCUAUUGUUUAAAAGAAAGGAAAUACAUGUACAUGUAUUAGUCAUGACAGAUUAUUAUGUGUAAAGUAUAAAUAUCUGUAGAUGUAGAUAUGGUUGUAAAUUCUCCACUAUUAUUUAUAUUCUUAAAUUUUAUUUUAAUUACCCGGCAUUGUAUGAAAUAGUUAUUUAGUGCAUUCAACAUUUCAGGGCUUAGUGUUGAUAUGCUUGGGAAAUAUUUAUUUUGAACUUCAAAUUGAUAAUGCCUUAGUAGUACAUUUAUUAUCUUAGGCUUUUUCAUCAAUGUUUACUGAGAAUGAACUUGACAUUUAGCAUGACAUUCAAGUGGAAUUCUGUCAUCUUUGAUAAAAUGUGCUUCUCUGUAAGGAACUAGUACUGCUGAGUUCUUGUUGUAAAUUAAACUAUUGAACUGCACUAUGUGUAGUACUUUAAGCAUGUGUUUCAUAUUUUACCAGAUAUUAUCAGAUUUAUGUGCUACUUUAAGAUAUGUAUUUUUUUUCUUUAUUAAUGUACUUCAAAUUUAUGACAUCCAAUUUUCAGAGUUUUGUUUUCCAA